AUGGAUGAGAUAGGUCUCGGCGUUUCGUCCUGGGUCCUCGAGGCGUGCCGGAUGUCCAACGAGGCUCCGACGAACGAUGAGGUCGCGACCCGGGUCAGGGCGGCUGUCGCUGGUGACUUCAAGGCGGAGCAUGUCAACGGCUUCCCUAUGAGGCCCGACGUGGGGUCAAUUGACUUGGGAUUGAUCAACGUUCGAUCCUCGAGACCUCCAGUGAAGGAGGAUGAGGUCGAUCGUGACAAGCGGCGAGAGUCCGCGGAGAAGCAGAAGCAGAGGGGGGAACCUGAGGAAGAGUCCCAUGAUGAGGAUGAGGGCGAUGAUGGCGACGAUAGCGACGAUUCGGAGGGAAUGGCGUCCCGUCUCGACCGGAUCCUCGAGGGUCCGCCUCGUGCCGACGCCGAUGCCCCGCGGACGGGAGCACCAAAAGAGGGACCAGGCGGGUCUUUUGAGAGGCAGCAGAGGGAGUUGUCCCCUCGUCGCUCCCGUGCUGACAUCCCUCCUGCGCCGGCUCAAAGUCAGUCCGUCCCGCGCCCCCAACCUCCCCCUGCGCCAAAGGCGGGCGACCGGGCCAAGCCCCAGGCGACGGGGCCGUUGACCCGUGGCCGUGCCGCGGCCUCCGGCAAGGGGGAAACAAGCCGCAGGAGCUCUAGCCUUGGCGCUCGUCAGGCGGGAGACGCCGAGCUGAGGCCUGCGCCCGCUCGUGAGGGGCCUGGAGCCUUAACGCGAGGCGGUUCGAGGCCUGCCGGUCGAGGUACCGGCAGGCGGGCCGUCCUCCCUGUGGGGUUGAAGCGGACGCUCGAGCAGGCCCAGCCCUCGUUGGCCAAAAGGCUUAAAGUAGGAGCAGCCUCCAAUGGUUCACGCUCCUCCGACCCUCGAUCGCUGACCGGUGCUGAGAACGCCCCGCCCCGUACCUUGGUGGGUGAAUCUGCCCCAUCGUCGCCAAAACAGGACGCUCGUCCUAUGGACGAGGAGGCCCAGAUCUCUCUCACCGCAAAGCGGAUGCCCUGGCCUGCCGGGCUUCGCUCCGUCGAGGAGCAGAGGAAGAAGGAGGAGGAGGAGCGCGAGCAGGAGACGCGGCGGCAGCCGUAG